AACGCUGUGACGUCAGCUGUGCGCUGCUUUUGGAGGACUUGUGAGAGGAAGCGGCGCUGCACUGCACACAUAGCGGGCCGAGCGCGUGCACGUCAGUUCUACUCAUUUCAUCUUCGCCGUUCAGCUACGCGAUAUUUGACCGUAACAAGAUGCCCCUGGGUGAAGAUGGACACUCGUGGAAGAAAAAGACAUCUGACAUCAAGGAGAUCUACGACUUCAAGGAUGUGCUGGGGACUGGUGCGUUCUCCGAGGUCGUCCUAGCCGAGGAAAAGCAAACAUUGAAGUUGGUGGCAAUAAAGUGUAUUCCGAAGAAAGCUCUAGAAGGGAAAGAGAACAGCAUUGAAAACGAAAUCGCCGUUCUUCACAAGAUUAAACACGCCAACAUUGUUUCUUUGGAGGACAUCUAUGAGAACAAAUCGUACCUCUACCUCGUCAUGCAGCUGGUGUCUGGCGGCGAGCUCUUUGACAGGAUUGUUGAAAAAGGUUUUUACACGGAGAAAGACGCCAGCAAGCUCAUCCAGCAGAUCCUGGACGCCGUGAAGUAUCUUCAUGACAUGGGCAUAGUGCAUCGAGACCUGAAGCCAGAGAACCUGCUAUAUUACAGCAUGGACGAGGACUCGAAGAUCAUGAUCAGCGAUUUUGGCUUGUCGAAGAUCGAGGGCUCGGGUAUAGUCAUGAGCACGGCAUGCGGCACUCCUGGAUAUGUCGCUCCAGAGGUUUUGGCGCAGAAGCCGUACAGUAAAGCAGUGGACUGCUGGUCUAUCGGCGUCAUCGCGUACAUACUCUUGUGCGGCUAUCCGCCAUUUUACGACGAGAACGAUGCCAAGCUCUUCGAGCAGAUCCUGAAAGCCGAGUACGAGUUCGACUCGCCGUACUGGGACGACAUCUCUGAUUCAGCUAAGGACUUCAUCGUGAACCUGAUGGAGAGAGACCCGAAAAGGCGCUACACGUGUGAACAAGCACUGCAGCAUCCCUGGAUUGCUGGUGAUACUGCACUGGACAAGAACAUCCACGAAUCUGUGAGCGCUCAGAUCAAGAAGAACUUCGCCAAGAGCAAAUGGAAGCAAGCGUUUAAUGCCACAGCGGUAGUCCGGCACAUGCGCCGCCUUCAGCUGGGCACCAGUCAAGAGGGGCAGAGUCAGCUGUCGCCCCACAGCCCCUGCAGCGAGCGCCUCCUGCUGCCUGAAGGAACCGAGGAGGAAGAGGACGAGCAAAGCACCUCUCAGAGGGACAAUAACGGCUGCUCAGAAAGCGCCGGCGAAGGGGAAGCGCGCGACGGCAUCCAGAACUGCGCCUUCUGCGUCCACCCGACCAGCCGGGUCUGAACCCGUCAAUCAUCCUGCUGCAACCAAUGACUUGACUGUCCCAUGUUUCUACUGGAGUCCUGCCUCACCCCCAGUCUGGCCAGGAAUAUUGAGUAACUCCAGCGCUUGGCCACUAGGUGGCGCCGUAGUGUAAAGAAUUUGAGGUGGGAAAGGGGGUCGCUAUGCCAACAGAGGGUUUCUGUUUACAGAGAGGUGAGCUCUGCAAGAGGAAGGAGACAGAGAGAGAUAUGCAUGCCGCAGUUGCAUUAUGAGUAACGGAUCGAGAUUGGACAGUGUUUUAUCUUCUGUUUUACAAACUACAUGAUGUUUCAUCUUUCUGUCUUGGAAAAGUGGUUUUAGGUGUGUUUUUAGUUGUGAAAUGGGUCCUCCGAUCUUUUUAAGCUUGCACGCUAAACACAGCUUCAUGUGUGAUCGGCAAACACACACACGAACACGCACAUUUAUCUAAUUCGGUUUAUUAAUGCCGUGCUGCACCUAAAUCUACCCUGAGUCUCAACUUCAGCAAGCAAAAGUUGUGUUUUUUUCUUUAAUAAACCACCUAAAUGUAUCCACAAAAAUAGAAAUCAGCAGAUAUUCCUUUCCUCGUGGGACAUUUCUAUAAAAUCUAGUCUAUAAAAGAUUUUAGAAAAAGUCUAUAAAAUAUUUCUUGGUGUAGCCAAAAAUUCCCACUAGGACAUGGACAUAUUUAGAAGCAUAUAUUACUCACUCACACACACACACACACACACACACACACACACACACACACACACACACACACACACACACAGUCUAAUUGACAUUAUUUCAAACAUUUGUACAGAAUUUUACUUGUACACAUUGUGUCCAUAUAGGACUUUAUGUAUUAUUGUGCUGCAACACACCAAGUCUCGUUGUUUCAUGGAACUUUUCUUUUUUCACGCGUCAGACACAGUCUUCAGUGCCUUCAUGGUUGCAGAUGUUCGAGUUAUUAACGCCUCGUGUUUAACUCUGUUCAAUGCCAUUAUGAUCUGUCUGGGUGUCGGAUGCUUUAAAUGUAAACACUGCAGCAGGGCUCUGUCUGUGUGUGCGUGCGUGCGUGUGUGUGUGUCUGUGUGUUUGUAUGUCUGUGUGUGUAUUUAAUGUCUGUUACCACUCAUGUAAACGUUUUUAUAGAAACCUGUUUCUUUUACUGAUGGUUUUACUCAGGGGAUGACGCUGUGCUAAGGAUUUGGGGUUUUAAAUACAUGAUAGAGGAUUUAUUAUCUGACAUAUAAAUUGAAUACAGAGUUAAUGUGGUGGCCUGGGAAAAUCUGUCACCGUGGCUUCACUAAAACUUUCAUGGUUGUCAUCUUGCAAAGAUCUUUACGUUCUGUAAAGAGAGAACAAAUGCAUUCAUUUUUCCUAUAGAAAUGUAAGCGAUGUUGCUUCCCAAACUGAAGGGUUGUAGAUCGUCCAAUUAAUCUGGUUUGUAAACAGCUGUUAAAAUGCUUCUGCGCCCCUUUUACACUUUUUUUUAAUGUAUCCAGACUCUAUAACCGUUCUAACUUUACUUCUGAUUGAGACUAGGGUUGUUAGUGUCACACGUUUUUUUUUUUUUUUUUUUUUUAAAUAUUUAUAUCUACACCCUCAAUCUAAGUAACUACAACAUGAUAAAUACAUACAGUAUCCGUCUUAAUCCGUUUAAUCAGUAUCCGUUUUUUUUUUUUUUUGUUUCAAACCCUCCUAAUCCCUAAACCCCAACUCAGUAACCUAUUUCUAUGAAGUCUUCAGAGCUAGAUACUGUAUAGUGUGUAAAAUUAUCCCAGGCUACCACAUGUAUAUUUAGACAGAAGAAAGGAUCUUUUUCCUUGACAUGGGGGUCCGUUGUAAUAUUUCUAACUUUGGUACUGCACCAUUGAACCAAUCCAAAAAAAAAACAUAUAAAAAAAAGGCAUUAAAGAACUUUUUAUUGUA